AUGAAGUUUUUAUGUAUCAAUCGUCUUAUUGUGUCUUUCAAUAUUUUGACUUGUCUAUUGUUUUUCACACAAUGUAAUACUAUUAGUGGAUCUAAAUCGUGUUUAUUACCCAAUGUUUCUUUUACAAUUGGUUCAUCUUCUGAUGCAAAUAUUGUAGUAAAAUCAAAAUCGUUUACUAGAACUGACUUAAUUAAUAAAUGUCAUGAAGAUUUUAUUGAAAAAAUUUUUGAUCAACCUUGUCACAAUUCAUCAUUAUUGUCUACUAGACGCACAACUGUGACCACAGCUGAAAGCUACGGCUAUGGACUUUUAGCUGUAUUUAUCAUAUCGAUUUUAUCAGUUGGUGGUUUACUUGCUUUUCCUAUUUUAUAUAGUGUAUCUUUUAAAGAUAUGCUUAAAUUAUUUACUGCUUUGGCUGUUGGAACACUUUUUGGUGAUACAAUGUUUCAUCUAAUUCCUUUCGCAUUUGGUCUUCAUAAUCAUAGUGAACAUGAUGAACAUGUACAUUCAUUCUUUUCCGUACCUGAGUAUUUAUGGAAGAUGUUAGUGAGCGUAUUAGUUCUUUAUGUUUUUUAUUUAUUGGAAUUUUUUCUUCACGCAUGUGCACAUUCUAAACAUAAGCAUUCGAAUGUAGUUAGCGAUAGUCAUACAAUGUCUCAUCCUGAACUUGCACAUGUGAAUGUAGAAAUUUGUGAGUCUACACCAAUGAAUAUUUAUAUUGAGUUAGAAAAUGGUGAUCAAUUACAUACACAUAUUCAUCAUAAUUCUGAUCAAAAUGAAUCAAAUGAAACCAAUACAAAAGUAAUAGAAAGUCAAAUAAAUGAUACUAAUAGUGAAAAUAAUAAGAACAAUCAUUUAGUUUUAGAAAAAUCUUCAUCAGAAACUAAUCAACAUACGUCAGGUUCUACUGUUGUUACUGGUUUAAAAGAUAAAAAUAAAAUGAAGAAUACCAAUCCAUUUAUUCAAAAAUUUACAAAAAUUGAUUCAACUGGCUGGAUGGUAUUAAUUGGUGAUGGCAUCCAUAAUUUUGCUGAUGGUCUUGCCAUGGGUGCAGCAUUUACUCAAGAUAUUCUUUUAGGUGUAACAACAACAUUUGCUAUUGCCUUACAUGAAUUACCACAUGAAUUUGGUGAUUACGCUAUUUUAAUUCAAUCUGGUUUUUCACAUUCUCGAGCUAUUUUUUGUAAUUUUCUUUCUGCAUUGAGUGCUUUUAUUGGAUUUUUUGUUGGUGCAACAUUAUCAAGUGAUGAACAUAUUCGUCAAUGGAUAUUUGCAGUUACUAUUGGCAUGUUUAUUUAUAUUGCACUUGUUGAUCUUUUACCAGGUUUAUUAUGUCACGAUCAAACUAAUUUAAAACGUUUUAUGAUUGUGAAUGUUGGAAUUUUAGUUGGUAUUACAGUUAUGUUUUUAUUAGCUGUAUUUGAAGAUACUUUAAUUCGAUCAUCAACAUAG